CAUUUAGGUCACAUGUUAGGCCUCUUUUACUAAUGUCCAGACAAGAGAUCAGCAGAUUGCACUGCCUCUCUGUCUAAACAGGAACAAUGUCUGGACUGCUGUUGAUUCUCUGUCUCUUUGUAACUGUGAAAACGUCCAACAUCACUGAUCUUCAAAGACAAACAGUGAGGCUGGGAGAUGGUGUGACAGUAAAAUGUCACCAAAAAGUAGCCAAAGGCGAUUUAGUUUGGUAUAAACAGAGUUUAGGAAUGCUGCCGCAGUAUAUUGUGAGAAAAGUUGGGAACAAAGCAAACUCACCUCAAGAAUUUAAAACAGAUAGAAAACACAGAUUUAGUCGAGCAUUUGAGAACAGCCGCUUCACUGUGGACGACAAGACGUUUGAUCUCAGCAUUAAUGGAGUCAAAGAUGAAGAUAAAGGAAUAUAUUUCUGUGGAAAAGGACAAUUAGCUACUUUAGAGUUUCUAUCUGGAACCAUUUUGCUGUUUGCAGGAGAGCACAGUGUGUACUGGUUCAGAAAUGAAUCAGGAGAAUCUCAUCCAGGAAUCAUCUGCAUUCAUCCACACACCAGUGAUGAGUGUGAGAAAAGCUCUGAGACUGAAUCUCCUACACAGAGCUGCAUCCACAAUCUCCCCAAGAGAAACUUUAGCCUCUCUGAUGCUGGAAUUCACUACUGUGCUGUGGCUGCAUGUGGAGAUGACGGUGAAUCUAAUGGAAAAGAAAGCAACACCUGGAUUAUUGUUGUCUUGACAAUAUCCAAUAUGACAUCUCUUAUUGUGAUGAUGCUUCUGGGUACACUGUUAUAUCAGAAAAAACAAAAAGGUUCUAUCAGUGGUCGCCCAGGAAGCCCCAAACAUGAGGUUGAAGAAGAUACGGAUGUCUUGAACUAUGCGACUGUGAAUUUUGCACAGAAACCUCCUUCCAGAGCACCGAGAGUCAAGCAGAGUCAAGAUAUUUAUUCAGGGGUUAAAGUACGAUAGUCAAUGUAACCAAGAACAUUUUCUGUUUUAUUAUGUUUAAAAUCAUCUCAAUUGAUUGUCAUCACCUUCAUUUACAGAACAAUCAUUUCACUUUAUCUUUCAAAUAAAAGUCAAUAAAGUCAAGUCGGUCAAACCAACUAAUCAUGUAAGAAAAUAUAAUACAGU